AUGAAGUACGCAACUGUUGGUGCUCUGGCCUCCGUAGCCGCUACGGCUGCGGCACAGAAGACGGACUCGACCUUUGCCGUCCUCCAUUUUACCGGCCAGCACAAGUUCUUGACCGAAGGUCCUAUUGAUCCUGUCGUCAACCCCGGAACGGAAGCAACCCAUUAUCAUAGUAUCAUGGGAGGUAGCAACUUUGGCAUUUCCACAAAGGGUGACGAUCUCUUAAGUUCGGAAUGUACUACGACCACCAUCAAGAACGACAAGAGCAACUACUGGGUUCCAUCUCUCUUCUUCCAAGAUCCUAAGGAUGGCAGUUUCGAGAAGGUACCCCUGUUUUACAUGAAUGUGUACUACUUCUUCGAACCCACUAACAGCACUAUUGAGCCGUUUCCCGUUGGGUUGAAGAUGCUGAGUGGUGAUACCAAAGCCAGGGAUCCUCCCAAAUUUGGAGGUGGUGGCAAUGUUGACCCUACCAGGGGCCCAAUCCAGCCAGUUCAAUGGACUUGCCCUAGACAGAGCUACGAUCCUCCGUCCUACCCUGUGGAUUCUGACGGAACCAUGGCCGGUCUUCAAGAUCCCCAAAACCAGGGCGCAGGUGCGGGUUUCCCCCUUUACGACUGCGACGGCACCUACUCUCCCCUCCGUCAAGAUAUCCAUUUCCCUUCGUGCUACAACCCAGAGGCUGGUCUUGAUGACUACAAGAACAACAUGGCAUGGCCUACCCCUGAGAACGGGCUACUCAACUGCCCUGCCGGAUGGAUCCACGUCCCUCACCUCUUCUAUGAGGUCUACUGGGAUACUCCCUCGUUCAAGGAUAGGUGGACCCCUGAUGGAAAGACCCAGCCUUUCGUUCUGUCCAACGGUGAUGCUACUGGUUACAGCUCACACGGUGACUUUAUCUCCGGCUGGGACCAGGACACCCUCAAGACUAUUAUCGACACUUGCAAUGUUGGUACUCUCGGUAUGGAGAACUGUCCUGAUAUUCCCGGCGGUGUCAACGACAACCAGGACUGCACGAUCGAGCCUGCUGUCGGUACCAUGGUGAAGGCUUCGCAGACUCUCAAGUCCCUCCCGCUCAACUGCCCGGUUACUGGUUGGGGCAAGGGUUCUUCCAGCGACUCUGACUCUGACUCUUCCUCUGAGCAGCCUGCCACCUCGACCUACAAGGCAAGCAGCGCCGCCCAGGAAUCUUCUGCGCAAUCUUCGACUGUCGAGUCGGGUUCUGUCCCUAGCGGAAAUGCGUUUAUUGAGCGACCCAGCUCAUCUACUGUGGCCGCAGCACCUGUCGUCACCGCCGCUGCAGUAAAGGAAUCGUCCGAGGAGAGCGAUCCCAAUGUUGACACCGUCUGGGAUGUCGUAUACGUCACCGAGACUACCACUGUGCAGCCCGAAGCCACGCCUGUGGCCCGCAGACGCCGUGCUCCCCUACACGGCCAUGGCCACAUCAAGCGCCACCAGCACAACGUACACGGCCGCCGAUAA